GCGCCGCUCCGUCUGCCGGAAGCCAAGGACGACGCACCCACAUUGUGCUGCGCCGCACCGUUCUGCAACAGCCUUGCAAAGGAGACCUCGAACCAACAUGACCGUCCUCUCUAAGGAAUACGGUUAUGUCCUUCUGACGGGUGCUGCCAGCUUCGUCAUGGUGCUUCACCUAGCCAUCAAUGUCGGCAAGGCCCGCAAGAAGUACAAAGUGGAGUACCCUAUCAUGUACAGCUCAGACCCUGAGAAUGGGCACAUCUUCAACUGCAUUCAGCGAGCCCACCAGAACACGUUGGAAGUAUACCCUCCCUUCUUGUUUUUUCUGACUGUUGGAGGUGUUUACCACCCACGCAUAGCUUCUGGCCUGGGCUGCGCAUGGAUCAUCGGACGAGUGCUUUACGCUUACGGCUAUUAUACAGGAGACCCCAGCAAGCGGUAUCGUGGAGGCGUGUCCUCCCUUGCCCUCCUGGCCUUGAUGGGCACCACAGUGUGCUCGGCUUUCCAGCAUCUUGGCUGGAUUAAACCCAGUUUGGGCAGUGGGUCCAAGUCCUGCCACUGAAGAAUUAUGAGUUUAAAAAAAAAAAACUCCUUCAUUUUGAAUGACUUUUAUUUCCAGUUACCUUUUCUUUCUGUCUUCUGAAUGUAAUAAACACCUACAUGGCAUCAGCCUCAUA